AUGAAAAUUGACCUAAGGAAGGCUUUUGAUACCAGUAAUUGGGACUUUAUUCAAGGUAGGCAAAUUGAAGAUAGUAUCCUAAUAGCACAAGAAUUACUCAAUGGAUACCAUACAUCCAUAUGCUCACCUAGAUGCACAAUGAAAAUUGACCUAAGGAAGGCUUUUGAUACCAGUAAUUGGGACUUUAUUUUGGACACUCUCAAGCUCAUGGGAUUCCCUGCCAUUUUCAUAACUUGGGUGGAAUCAUAUAUAACCACUACUUCAUUCACUGUCUCCCUCAAUGGAGAAUUCCAUGGUCAUUUUAAAGGAGCCAAGGGGCUAAGAAGUGUUCCCUCUUUGCAAACAUUGCUUAGGGCCACAAGAAUAUUCUCUAACCUUUCUGGACUCCAUGGUAACCAAGGAAAAAGCCAGAUCUUCCUCUCUGGUGUGGCACUUGCAGUUGAAUUUGCCGUUCUUAACAUUGCUGGAUUUGAGCAAGGGUGCCUUCCCAUAAGAUACUUAGGUGUACCUUUGAUUUCUACCAUGCUGAAAGAUGUGGAUUGCAAAGCAAUCAUUAAUAAGGAAGGGUCCAACUCAUCAGAUCCAUCCUCGUUAGUACUCAAACCUAAUGGAGUACCAAAUUCAUCCUUCCAAUGA